AUGUUUAUAUCAAAUAAAAACGUACGUUUCUUUAUUUUCUUUUUAAUUCAACAAUAUUUUAUUUUUUGUUUAAAAACCGAAAUAAAAUUUCAUAUAAAUAACGUACCAUCAUUAUUUCGUUGUGAAAAAAAUGGACCAUUAUUUUAUUUUAAUCAUUUUCCAAGUGAUGAUCUAUUUCAUCAAACAUUAUUAGAAAAUGAUUUUUUGUGUGAUUUAUCGUUAUUAUCAAUAGAUCAACGUUCUAUUAUUGGAAUCGAUCAACUGAAUCUAUUAUGUGAAAUUCAGAAUAAAAAAAAUCAUAUAAAUGAAUUUCUUUUAUUUUCAUCUAAAUGUUCAAAAGAUUUAUGUAAAAAAUUUGUACCAACAACAGCUUCAAUUAUUACCCAAUAUAAAACAGGAAAUAUAAAUGUCGAAAAAAUAAACUUAGUGUUUUAUGGUAAUCAUUCAAAUCAAUUAAUGAUUGGAAAAUUAACAGAUGAUAAAUAUUUAAGAACAAGUAGUUCUUUACACAAUGGUGAUAUUCUAACAAAUCAAAUUGUAUUUCAAUAUGAAGAUAAUAAUUAUGUUAAUAUGAUGUGUGAUACUGUCAAACCUGAUUGGUCAUGGAUUUGUUAUUAUUAUCCAUCCAAAUCUGAAGAUCCAUUAGAUCAUAAUAUGAUUUAUAGAGCUGUGAGUUUCGUCUGA